UUCUGACGCUCGCCCCUCCCCCUCCGCCAAGUGCCGUUUCGGUUUAAUCUAGUGUGUGACUGAGUCUGUGUGAGGGAGCGAAAUGUGUAUGUGAGGUAUUGGGGUGAGGCGGAGGCUAGAAAAGAGGCUCCCUCAGGACGAGGGACAAAAGGGGAGGUGAGGAAACAUAGGCCGCGGAGCCCGGGCGACAGGAAGCCGCCCCGAGCCGGGCAGCCGGGUAGGGGAAGGGCCCGCGCAGUCCUCACAGGGCGCCAGAGCCGGAGUCGGCCCCUCAGGCUCGGGCGGUCGGCUUCCUACUUCCUUGAGCUCCCGGGCUCGCGGGCCUGAAGAGUGGUCGGCGCGGGUGGGCAGCGGGGAGGAGCGGACUCGGGCAGCUCCGGGUGCCUCGCUCUUCCACUGCUGAGGAACUCUAUCAUUUCUUCCCUCGCUCCUUCACCCCCCACCUCAUGUAGGAGGGCGCCGAGGAGUCGAGAGGGAGGAGGAGCCUGGCCUAAAGUCCCUUCCCUCCCCACCCCCUUUUAGGGGUUCUUUUGGUGGGCGUGGAGUUGGGGCUGGGGGGAGGGUGGGGCUCCUUGGAGUGCUGGGGAACUUUUCCCCUUCUUGAGGCUCGGGGAAAGGGAAUGCCCAAUUCAGAGAGACAUGGGGGCAAGAAGGACGGGAGUGGAGGAGCUUCUGGAACUUCGCAGCCGUCAUCGGGAGGUGGCAGCUCCAACAGCAGGGAGCGUCACCGCUUGGUGUCGAAGCACAAGCGGCAUAAGUCCAAGCACUCCAAAGAUACGGGGUUGGUGACCCCCGAAGCAGCAUCUUUGGGUACAGUAAUCAAACCUUUGGUGGAGUAUGAUGACAUCAGCUCUGAUUCAGACACCUUCUCAGAUGACAUGGCCUUCAAAUUAGACAGGAGGGAAAACGAUGAGCGUCGUGGAACGGAUCGGAGUGACCGCCUGCACAGACAUCGUCACCACCAGCACCGGCGGUCCCGAGACUUGCUAAAAACUAAGCAGACCGAAAAAGAAAAAAACCAGGAAGUUUCCAAAUCUGGAUCAAUGAAGGACCGGAUAUCAGGAAGUUCAAAGCGAUCAGUGGAGGGGAGCGAUGACUAUGGGAAGGCACAAAUAUCCAAAAGCAGCAGCAAGGAAUCCAGGUCAUCCAAACUCCACAAGGAGAAGACGCGGAAAGAACGUGAGUUAAAGUCUGGGCACAAGGACCGGAGUAAAAGUCAUCGGAAAAGGGAAACACCCAAAAGUUACAAAACGGUGGAUAGCCCAAAACGGAGAUCAAGGAGUCCCCAUAGGAAAUGGUCUGACAGCUCCAAGCAAGAUGACAGUCCUUCGGGAGCUUCUUACGGCCAAGACUAUGACCUUAGCCCCCCAAGGUCUCACACUUCUAGCAAUUAUGACUCCUACAAGAAGAGUCCUGGCGGUACCUCAAGAAGGCAGUCAAUCAGUCCACCUUACAAAGAGCCUUCUGCUUACCAGUCCAGCACUCGGUCACCCAGCCCCUACAGCCGACGACAGAGGUCUGUGAGUCCCUAUAGCAGGAGACGGUCAUCCAGUUAUGAAAGGAGUGGCUCUUACAGCGGGAGAUCGCCCAGCCCCUAUAGUCGAAGGCGAUCUAGCAGCCCUUUCUUGAGCAAGAGGUCUCUGAGUCGGAGUCCAAUCCCCAGUAGGAAAUCCAUGAAGUCCAGAAGCAGAAGUCCUGCAUAUUCAAGACACUCUUCUUCUCAUAGUAAAAAGAAGAGAUCCGGGUCACGCAGCCGCCAUUCCAGUAUCUCACCUGUCAGGCUUCCAUUGAAUUCCAGCCUGGGAGCAGAACUCAGUAGAAAAAAGAAGGAAAGAGCAGCUGCUGCCGCAGCAGCAAAGAUGGAUGGAAAAGAUUCCAAGGGUUCACCUAUAACUUUGACUAAAAAAGAUAAAGUUGAGUUGAAGGAGUCAGGGUUAGAGUGUAAAAAGUUACCCAGAGGUAUAAAGUCAGAAAAAUCUACCCCAGAUACUGAACUGGUAAAUGUAGCACAUUCAAACGCAGAGGUAAAAAAUUGUUUAGAUUCAGGGAAAGUUAAGUUGGAUGAGAACUUGCAGAAGCAUCCUGUUAAGGAUUUGAAAGCACAGGGAACAAAAGACACUAAACCUGUAGCACUAAAGGAAGCGAUUGUUACUUCAAAGGAGACAGAGACAUCAGAAAAGGAGACCCUUCCACCUCUCCUCACAGUUACUUCUCCACCCCCUUUACCGUCUACUACCCCUCCACCGCAGACACCCCCUCUGCCACCUUUGCCUCCACUACCAGCUACCCCACUGCAGCCACCUCUGCCUCCUCCCCAACCACCAUUUAGUCAAGUUCCUGUUUCUAGUACUUCAAUUAUGCCCUCAUCUCCUCACCCAAGGACAUCUACUCUAUCCUCUCAGACAAAUUCUCAGCCCCCUGUACAGGUUUCUGUGAAGACUCAAGUAUCUGUAACAGCUGCUAUUCCACACCUGAAAACUUCAACAUUGCCUCCUCUGCCCCUCCCUCCCUUGUUACCUGGAGAUGAUGAUAUGGAUAGUCCAAAAGAAAUGCUUCCUUCAAAGCCUGCAAAGAAAGAGAAGGAACAGAGGACCCGCCAUUUACUCACAGACUUGCCUCUUCCUCCUGAGCUACCAGGUGGAGAUCCAUCUCCCCCAGAUUCUCCAGAGCCAAAGGCAAUUACACCACCUCAACAACCAUAUAAAAAGAGACCAAAAAUUUGUUGUCCUCGUUAUGGAGAAAGAAGACAAACAGAAAGUGAUUGGGGGAAGCGAUGUGUGGAUAAAUUUGACAUUAUUGGGAUUAUUGGAGAAGGAACCUAUGGCCAAGUAUAUAAAGCCAAGGACAAAGACACAGGAGAACUAGUAGCUCUGAAGAAGGUUCGGCUAGACAAUGAGAAAGAGGGCUUCCCAAUCACAGCCAUCCGGGAGAUCAAAAUUCUUCGUCAGUUAGUUCAUCGAAGUGUUGUUAACAUGAAGGAAAUUGUCACAGACAAACAAGAUGCACUGGAUUUCAAGAAAGACAAAGGUGCCUUUUACCUUGUAUUUGAAUAUAUGGACCAUGACUUAAUGGGACUGCUAGAAUCAGGUUUGGUGCACUUUUCUGAGGACCAUAUCAAGUCAUUCAUGAAACAGCUAAUGGAAGGACUGGAUUACUGUCACAAAAAGAAUUUCCUUCAUCGGGAUAUUAAAUGUUCUAACAUUUUGCUGAAUAACAGUGGGCAAAUCAAACUAGCAGAUUUUGGACUUGCUCGGCUCUAUAACUCUGAAGAAAGUCGCCCUUACACAAACAAAGUCAUUACUCUGUGGUAUCGACCUCCAGAACUGCUGCUGGGAGAGGAAAGAUACACACCAGCCAUUGAUGUUUGGAGCUGUGGAUGCAUCCUUGGGGAACUGUUCACAAAGAAACCUAUUUUUCAAGCCAAUUUGGAACUGGCUCAGCUAGAACUGAUCAGUCGUCUCUGUGGUAGCCCUUGUCCAGCAGUGUGGCCUGAUGUUAUCAAGCUGCCCUACUUCAACACCAUGAAACCGAAGAAGCAAUAUAGGAGACGUUUAAGAGAAGAAUUCUCUUUCAUUCCUUCAGCAGCACUUGAUUUAUUAGACCACAUGCUGACCCUUGAUCCCAGCAAGCGCUGCACAGCUGAACAGACCCUGCAGAGUGACUUCCUUAAGGAUGUGGAACUCAGUAAAAUGGCACCUCCAGACCUACCUCACUGGCAGGAUUGUCAUGAAUUGUGGAGUAAGAAACGUAGACGCCAGCGACAAAGUGGUAUUGUAAUAGAAGAGCCACCUCCAUCCAAAGCCUCUCGAAAAGAAACUACCUCAGGGACAACAGCUGAGCCUGUGAAGAACAGUAGCCCAGCACCCCCUCAGCCUGCUCCUGUCAAGGCAGAGCCUGUUCCUGGGGAUGCAGUAGGCCUUGGUGACAUCACACAGCAGCUGAAUCAAAGUGAAUUGGCAGUGUUAUUAAACCUGCUACAGAGCCAAACUGACCUGAGCAUCCCUCAGAUGGCACAGCUGCUUAAUAUCCACUCAAACCCAGAGAUGCAGCAGCAGCUGGAAGCCUUGAAUCAAUCUAUUAGUGCACUGAAUGAAGCCAGUUCCCAGCAGCAGGACUCAGAAUCCAUAGCCCCAGAGGAAUCAUUGAAGGAGGUACCCUCUGUAUCAGUCCCGCCUUCAGCAGAACAGACAACCCCUGAAGCUUCAAACACACCAGCUGACAUGCAGAAUAUGUUGGCAGUUCUCUUGAGUCAGCUGAUGAAAACCCAAGAGCCAGCAGGUAACCUGGAGGAAAACACCAGUGACAAGAAUAGUGGGCCACAGGGGCCCCGAAGAACUCCUACAAUGCCACAGGAGGAGCCAGCAGCAUGUCCUCCUCACAUUCUUCCACCAGAGAAGAGGCCCCCUGAGCCCCCUGGACCUCCACCGCCGCCACCUCCACCCCCUCUGAUUGAAGGCGAUCUUUCCAGCGCCCCCCAGGAGUUGAAUCCCGCCGUGACAGCCGCCUUGCUGCAACUUUUAUCCCAGCCUGAAGCAGAGCCUCCUGGCCACCUGCCACAUGAGCACCAGGCCUUGAGACCAAUGGAGUACUCCACCCGAUCCCAUCCCAACAGGACUUACGGAAAUACUGAUGGGCCUGAAGCAGGGUUCAGUACCACUGACACUGAUGAACGCAGUUCUGGUCCAGCCUUGACAGAAUCUUUGGUCCAGACCCUGGUGAAGAAUAGGACCUUCUCAGGCUCUGUGAGCCACCUUGGGGAGUCCAACAGUUACCAGGGCACAGGAUGGCAGCAGCAGGGAUGGGCCCUGAAGAACUCUGGGACACCCGUCAGUUACCUUGAAUCGAGAGCCUGUCAAACAGUCUCGUCCACAAUACUUGAAGCCAGGUUCAGUGGAAGAUUACUCCUAUCCAAAUACUGCAUGAGACACCCGAAGUAGAGACCUUCAGCCUGCAUCCUCUGUCUUCAGAACCCACAACCAGCACCUCCACCUUCCUUCUCUGCUAGUAGAUAUGGAAUCCAAGACCCAGAGUGGAAGAACCAAUUGAAUCCUGCCCUGAAGUUGCUUUAUGUUCUGCAUUUGGAGAGCUCCUGAGAGCACGGGGCAAGAAAAAGUAGAUUCCUAGGGAUGAAACAGAGUGCUGGGCUUGGGGGCUGAAGAGAUGGCUCAGAGAUUAAGAGCACUGGCUGCUCUUCCGGAGGAACUGGGUUCAAGUUCCAGCACUCACAUGGCAGCUCACAACUGUCUGUAACUCCAGUUCCAGGGGAAUCUAACACCCUUACACACACAUACAUGCAAGAAAAAUACCAAUGCACAUAAAACAAAUGAAAGAAAGAAAGAGUGUUGUGGCCCUAUGGUAUGCUGGGCACUGGGGCUCACUGGGUACAUAUUUGCCUGUCUGUAAGAGGGGGAGGAAGAAGGCUGUUGGCAGCUCAGCAGAGCUUGAGGUUCUGGUGACUCACAGUAGUGGGGGUGGUUCAUAAAAACAACAGAGGGGAAGGGGGAUCAAGUCUGUAGAGUUCUCUUUUGCCCCAAUCCUGCCCACUCUGAGCUCUGUAGAUGGAAAAUCUCUCCUCUAGAUGAGAUGUCCCAGCUGUGAAAAGAAAGGGAGAGAUAAGAAAGAAGUAAGCAGGAGAGACAGUUCUCCCAGAGAAGAAAGACUCAGAUAUUACUUACUCUCUCCACAGGCUACAUAGAGAAUAUUAGACAUCCAUUUGUGUCAGGGCAGCCCAGAAAUCUUGGGUACCUUCCAAAAGAGGGUUCCUGAUAAACAGCUAUACUAUGGUUCCUCAGUUGCCUGCCUAGAACUCUGAAUCCAGCUAACAUUAAAGCUUUGGGUUGGGGGGGAGGCUGUUGUUGUUUGUUAUUGUGAAGAGAAUCUCAUUAUAUAGCCCAAGCUGGCCACCAAGGCUCAAUACUGUCUCAUCUUCCAAAGUGCUGUAACUAUAAGCAUGUAUUACCAUGCCUAGUGCAAGAAAUUUCUUUUUUAAGAUUAUUUAUAUGUGUGGGUGUUUUGCCUGCAUGUAUAUCUGGUGAUUCACAUGUGUGCCUGGUGACUGUACUGUGGAGACCAGAACUGAGCAACAGAUCCUCUGGAAUUGGAGUUACAGGUGGUUGUGAGUCACCUUGUAGGUGCUGGAAACUGAACCUGGGUCUCUACAAGAGCAACAAGUGUUCUUAAUCACUGAGCCAUCUUUCUAGCCACAUGGAAUGUUUUAAUAGAAAAACAAGUACUACAAGACCAGACCCAGGAAGGAUUGCCACCUGUGCUUAGUGCUCUGCACACUAGAAUAGGGUACCUUGGACCAGAGAAGAACAUCUAGCAGCACUUAGACUGCUGAACGGGGUAUUGGCACAGGCUGGGAAAUGGCUGUAGCCACCGAUGUUCAGAAGUGCUAGUAUUCUUCUCUCUCACAGGUCAGGGGGGCCAAAUGUAUCAUCCUUUUUCAGUGACUGAAAAUGGCAAGAAGAGAACAAUAAGGAUUUUAGAUAGUAGUAUAUCCAGGCACGUGAUAAUAAAUACCCUGACUUCUGGCCUCAGAAGAGAGGGUUGGGUGGGUAUUUUGUGAUAGAUAGUGAGUUCUUAUUUGUCUGUUUCUGUUCCUUUUAUUUCUGGAAGCUUUGCUUUCUAUCCAGAAUGAGGGCUUUCUUCUCAUCUACUGGUGACCCAGACAUGACUGGUUGGACAAAGAUAAACUGUUCUUCAUGCAGGAAGAUGAGAUCAGUUUUACUCUUCCUCCUUCCUGGCAGCAUAAGGAGCUCUGGGACCCAUUACUAAAGCUUAGUUCUGACCUAAGCCAACACAUCAUCUAGCCCUGGAUAUAAAACUUGUACUAUGAGGGGGAGCCUAGGUAUACAGUGAGGUAUAGGCAGGAAUGGGGGGGGGCUUUAGCCCCAGGAGAGAUACCACAUUCUCUCUGAUCCUCUUCCUUCCCAAAUCCCUUUCUCUGCUCCCUAUUCUUUCACCUCCCCCUGGCCAACUCAGUUCGUGGCCACCUGAUCACCUCCAAUCUGACCAGAUAUGGUAAGUAGUCAUGUUUUCUUACACACACUUCCUGCCCCUUCCUUUCUUCCCAGCUGAGAAGAUAGCUGAAUUUGAAUUGUUUCUACCACUGACUAUCACAGGAUCUGAAUUGUAUUCCUAGCCUCUCCUGCCCAGCUUGACUCCACGACUGCCUUUGGACUGGGAAGCACUCAUCAGCCUCAUCCUCCCCUGCAAGUAUUCCCAGGCCUGAACUGCUGUAUCUAUGGCAUCAAGACCCUACUCUGGAGUAGAGGGCAGUCCUAGAGGUGCAACUUGGUUUUGGGCCCUAAAUGUGUAUAUGCCUGUGUGUUGGGCACACUGGUUUAUUAGUGUUAUUUCAGCAUUGUGAUUCAGAGAGAGUAAGUGUAACAGCUGCUCCUUGCUUGCAGUGUUUAUUGUUACCUAGAGACAACCUCCUGGCUUUUUCCCAGAUCCCCCCCCAGCCCAGCCCCCUCCCUGCCAACGAUCCUGUUCUCUCCACACUGAUGGGAAAUUUAUAGCUUGCCCAUAUCAUGCCAUUAACUCUCUCCUGUCCAUACAGUGGAUGGGUCAAGGGAAACCAAAGUGGAGAGUGGGCAUGCUUUAACCCAGAGUAGAAUAAUGUAUAAAGAACAGAGGGAGGAAGGAGACAUGUCCUUCUAUCCUGUGUCCAGUUUUUAGGGCCCAGUUAUUCCAUAAUCCAAGUACAUCUGAUCCUGCUUAGUUUAUUAGAUCAGAUGAGAUCAGUCACAUUUGGAUGGUAUAGCCAGAAACCCAGUUGUUCUUCUGCUCUUAUAUAAGAAGAAAGAGUUUUGGAUUUGGCCUUGAGAUCCCAGAAGAGCUCCUCUGGACCUGGCCUUGGGAUCUUGACAUCUUUCUGUCAAAAUUAUUCUCUUCCCUGGCCAUCUCCAUAGUCCUUUAUUGGAUUGUCUAAACUUGAGCAAAUACAGCAAGAAAGUAUUGGAAUGGAAGGGGAAUACAGUAUUGCAGAAUCCAUAGCCCCUCCUUCUUGUCUAAGCAAGGUAACUAUGGAUGUGGCAUAGAGACAGGAGGUACAAGCCUGAGAGAUAAUGGCCAUACCACCACAGUGGAGUUGAUGUCAGACAUGAAGCCUGCUACCAAGCCUGUUGGGAAAACCUUUAUCUGCUAAGCUCCCAAGAGAUUUCAGGCGUUGUGCCAGCUGGCCUUCUUGAUGUGAUUGGGGUUCUCUUUUCUGCUUAUCUUUCAAGAUCCAUUUUCUUGAAUUCCUUUUGAUUUGAUACCUUGGGGUAAAUCCAAGAGACUAAGGAGAGUGAAGUGUCAUAGUCAUAAUCUCAGCAGAGUUAGAGACAACCCCUGCCAUUUCCUUCAUGGAAAUAAAGGAGAGCCCUGUACCUAUUUGCCAUCCACAUGGAAACAGAAUGAAAGGGAUUGGAUUUUAAUGGAAAGGGUUGAAUUAAACAUACAAAAAACAAA